AUGGAUUUCGUCAACAAGUUCACCGGCGGCGAGUCUGGGAAGGAAUCCAACAACCAGUCCGAGAACAAGGAGGGCCAGUCCUCUGGUGGUUUCAUGGACAAGCUCAACGGCAUGGCUGGCGGUGGUAAGCAGGGCGAGAAGAACGAGGAUGCUCUCGACAAGACCGUCGACUUUGUUCAGGAGAACGUGCUCGGGCAAGGCCAGCAGUCCAACGAAAGUGCCGCUGAGCAGGCGAAGGACGAGGCCAUCUCGGACUAUAUCCGCGGCCAGUACAAGAGCACCACGGGCACCGACUUUCCCGUCGAGGACAAGGAUAAGAAGUACGGCGUUUAA